CGCUGCGGCGAGCGGGACGGGCGGCCGCGGGGAGCGGGUGUCGGCGGGGAGGGAGGGAAAGAAGGAAGGAGGUGCUGGCUCGCCUGCCUGCCGGCUCCUCGGUCCGGAGGUUCCGCGGCAGAGCCGCCGCCGAAGCAAAUGGGGAGGCGGCGCUGAGCGGGCUGCCCGCCGGGGGGUCGGCAGCCGAGGGCAGCGGCGCGGCGGGCGAGCGAUGCCCCUCACUUCUCUGCUUGCGCUGCCCUUCCUCCUCCCGCUCCCGGCUUUGAAGCUUUUGUUUUUCCCGGCCGCUGCGAUGGCAGGAAACUUCCCGGAGGGAUGGGCUCAGGCCGGGCUUGUGCUGCGCUGGGCUCCGCAGGGCACCGGCCACGCCGUGAGAGAAGGGCAAGCAUAGCUGAGCCAUUCUAGAUGAACAGGUGGCUACAGGGAUAAAGACUUGGCUUAAGUAGGCUGAGGACAGACAGCAACUGCUGCUGCUGGUAAGGUGGACUGACUGGACAAAGAGAAGGCAGGAAGAGUUUUGAACAGCCAGAAAUACCUGCAAACCUCAGACUUCUAAAAGGGUAUAGAUAGGAUGUGGAUCUUACCCUCACGCUUCCUCAGGUCUCCAAUGUUAGAGGUUAUUUGGAAAGAGAAUACUUUGCUGAACAGAACAGCACAAGAUGACUUAUGAUUCCUUCUCUUCAUGGGAGCCUGUCUGGAUUGUCCCUGCAGAACGCUACAGCUUCCUUCCCUCUUCAGUAUUCUUGGUUUAUGGAGUCAUAAACCCCAGUGGAACUUUGGGUGGAAAUACUGACAUGACUUUAAGAACUUUGACACUUUCAGACAUUGAAUUUUGAUUUGUUAAAUGACCAGGAAUAAGAUACUGCCUGAGCAAGAUGAAAUGCCUUGAAGACCUUUGUUUCUGCUUUCAUUUCUCCUGAAGCAAUGGUUUUCUCAGCAAUGUUGACGCUGGCCCACUCUGGGACCUCAAAUGCUACUUUUAUUGUUUAUGAAAAUGCCUAUACGAAUUUUACCACUCCACAGUUCUUGCUUCGUAGUGGCACAACACAGCCAUUGAGGUAUAGUUCAGGUGCCGUGCUCACCACUGAGAGAAGUACUUUUCUGGUAAACACCACAGCUAUCCUGCCAUCGCAAGAAGUUUUCAGGAGCUUGAGUUUGCCACUCCAGAUCAUUCUUUCUGCUGCUAUGAUAUUUAUCCUAUUGGUUUCUUUCCUUGGAAACUUUGUUGUCUGCCUCAUGGUCUACCAGAAGGCGGCUAUGCGAUCUGCAAUUAACAUCCUCUUAGCAAGCCUGGCUUUUGCAGACAUGCUGCUGGCAGUGCUGAACAUGCCUUUUGCUCUAAUAACAAUCAUUACCACUCAGUGGAUUUUUGGGGAUAUAUUCUGCAGAGUCUCCGCCAUGUUCUUCUGGCUUUUUGUCAUAGAGGGGGUAGCCAUUCUUCUUAUUAUUAGCAUUGACCGAUUUCUUAUCAUAGUUCAGAGGCAAGAUAAACUGAACCCUUACCGUGCAAAGAUUCUCAUUGUGAUUUCCUGGGCGGCAUCCUUUGUUGUUGCUUUUCCGUUAUCGGUAGGGAAUCCUAAUCUGCAGAUACCCUCGAGAGCACCUCAGUGUGUUUUUGGCUACUCUACAAGCCCAGGUUACCGAGCCUACGUGAUAAUUAUCUUGCUAAUUUCUUUUUUUAUUCCAUUCCUGGUAAUGCUGUAUUCUUUUAUGGGCAUACUCAACACCGUCCGCCACAAUGCAGUUCGUAUCCAUAGCCACCCUGAUAGCAUCUGCCUCAGCCAGGCCAGCAAACUUGGUCUCAUGAGCUUACAGAGACCUUUUCAGAUGAAUAUUGAUAUGAGCUUUAAAACUCGUGCCUUCACAACCAUCUUGAUUUUGUUCCUUGUCUUCAUAGUCUGUUGGGCGCCCUUCACCACUUACAGCCUUAUUGCCACAUUCAACAGCCACUUCUACUACAAGCACAACUUUUUUGAGAUAAGCACUUGGCUCCUUUGGCUCUGCUACCUCAAGUCUGCACUGAACCCACUGAUUUACUACUGGAGGAUUAAGAAGUUUCACGAUGCAUGCUUGGACUUGAUGCCCAAAUACUUCAAGUUUUUGCCACAGCUACCUGGUCAUACGAGGCGGCGCAUUCGACCCAGUGCCAUCUAUGUGUGUGGGGAGCAUCGGUCGGUAGUGUGAAGCUGCGGUUGCUUGACAAUGAUUGUUAUUUUCUGGGGUUAUUUGUUUUUAGGCUUUAGGUUGAACUUUGUUUUGUUUAAUAUGGCUUCUUCAGUGUGGCCAUAUCUUAUAACUUGAUUAAAUUAUCCAGUACUCUGUGCAAUUUUAUGAGGAAAGAUAAAGGGAGGGAAAGCAAUUGGUUAUAGAUGGGUUUACUACCAGAAUACAAUGUAAACAAAACAAAUGUUACCUCUAGGAUUCCAUGGAAAUCCAUUCUUUUAAAUGAAAACUACAUUUGUAACAUUUUGUCAGGUUUAUGCUUACUAGGCCUGCAAUUUAAUUGUAGGGACUUUUUAUGCUGCUAAGAUACAGUAUAUUUAGUUGGUGUAAUUUUUCUGAAAAAUGUUGCUGCUGUCUGCCAAUAUAUUAGAGCCAAAAAGUCUCAUUAGAUUACUUCUAUUUAAUUUAAACAAUAUAUCAGAUGUUUUCAUGGUGACACUAGAAAACUUUUUUCUUUUUUUUUAGUAUUUCCAUUAAUAUUUUUGUGCACUUUACAAAAUUUACUAUGGAAUUUGUUCAUUGGAAUACUUUGUUCUGUAUCGAAGGGGUAUUAUUAUUAUUAUGAUUAUUUGUUGUAUUGGUGAAUUUCAAUGAAAGACCCACGUAAGCUCUAGGAGGGCAAUUUAUGUUGAUAUAGCUACACAUACAAUCAUAGAUUUGCUGUUUUUCUAACAAUUGAUCAAAAGCAACAUUACCUGCUUGGUUAUCAGGGAAAUUGUAAGGAGAAAAUGGAGGAAUGAAAGGGAAAGAAAGCAAUGAAAAUAGUGUCCUCAGGUUUAGGCUAACAGAAGAUACAGAAAAAUAAGAGUUCAUGUUCAAAUUGUUUCGGGGGAAAGGGUGGCUGUAGGUUUUACAUUAGGCUGUUACAAGCUAUCCAAACCUGAUGCUGUGCCUGAAAAUCUCCCUGGAAUUGUGACUUCGGGCCUACAAUUUACACUGGCUUGGUAUAAUGCUGUUUCUGCUUGGAGCUCAUAUAAGGCUAGGUGUGCUCUACGCUGCUGAAACCAUACUGUCAGGCGUUCGUUGGGAUAGAAUUAGAAAUAGUAGGAUAAACCAGCAAACAAAUAGCGCAUGAAUCGUAAUUGAGGCUAGGAUUAGUCUACAUGGUAAUGACUGGGAAAAAAAAAAAUCCUCAACUUGCUUGUUUUCCUGUUUAAGUAUUAGACUGAAUCCAUAAACCAAUAAUAAUAAAUAACAGUUGGCCAGCAGAGUUUGCUGGGGGGGAUGCAAGUUAAAUUCCCCUUUUCCCUCCAGCGCUACUUUACAUUGAUUUUCCAUUGCCCCUUUUCCCCUGUAGCGCCUGCUGCCUCAGGGGUUUACUCUGCUGUUCUCAUCUAUUGAGCAUCAGUUCUCUCCCUGAAAUGCCAAACCACCUUUCUGAUUAAUGUCAGGCUGUCUUGGUACCCACCUAGAAAGCAGAAAAGCAAAGGUUUUCCUUGAUGAUAGCAAUGUAGACUGGGAUAUCUUAUUAUUUUUUUUUAAUCAGCUAAAUAAAUAUUUAAUGUAAGUAAAGUAAGACUUAGGUUUGGGCUUUGAAGUGAGAUCCCCAAUUGCUCUGAAGUUUCCAUCUCUCUUUCAGUACCCCAGAGCAUGGGGGCUUCAUUUUCCUUGCACCCCGAGGACAAGAUAAUAGCAAUUUUAUCUAUUUCUGCAUAAAUAUUGAACUGAGGGUAUGAAGGAAGUGCCCUGUACUGUGUGGAUGUCCAGGGACUGCUUCCUUCUCAAGGCCAAGUAAACAUUCACACCCCAGAUUUUAUUUAGGUCUUCAGUGAAGAACUAAUUUAACAGUUAUCUCUGUUCUUCUCAUUGACACAUAUUGGUAAAAGUGAUGGCAAUAUUUAAAUUUCAGGAGUCUAAAAGGAACAAUUGUGAAUUUAGUAAUUUCAUUUUUAAAAAAAAAGCUGAUAGCUGAGGUUGUGAGUUACAUGUAAAGGCACCCAGGCAGUGGUGAUGUUAUUGAUGUGCGUGCUUUCCAUUCCUUGUCAACUUCGCUGCUGACGGUGUGGAUUUUUCUGAUCAAAAUGACAGGCAGUAAAGGAGUUCCCCUGUAAAACAGAGUGGUUUAGUGUGUCUUUGCAGUAUAGCUUUUAUUUCUCAAUUACAUUUACAUUGAUAGCGGAAGUUUAUGACCUGGUUAGUAUGGAUUUUCUGUUCCUGAGCUGUCAUGCCUGUUUAUCUCUGAAAGCAGCAAAAAUUGUGUUUAGAGUUAAUGUAAUGGACUGAGAGCAUACACUGUCUAAGAUGGCAGGAACAGGUAUUUUUGCUGUCUUCCAGAGCUAUAAUGUAAGUGGUUUGAAUGAGUGUCGUAAAACAUAGUAAUUCAAGAAGGAAAGAAGAUGAGUAAUACAGGAAAGUCAGUGAAAUUGCUUUCUUGAAGAGGGAGGGGAAAACAUUUUGUGGGGAUUUCAUAAGCCCUGUAAGUACUGGCUGUGAAGUAGAAAUUGCAAACAUCAAAGAAAGUUAAUUUGUCUUGAUAAUUUAUUGUUUGUUUACAUCAACUAACAGAGUUUCUGCUUAGAGCUGCAUGAUACUUGGAGGAAAAAAACCCACAAAUUGUGUGUCCCAAGUUCAGAAGUGACUUCCAUGGUGAUACAGUAUUCACACUCAGCAGGUUUUGGAGUUGAUCAGGGCAUACAGUGAACAAAAGGGUGUUCAAAAAAAGAAAACAGGUGGCAUAGAAAUAUCCCCAGGGUAAUGAUGUGUUUACACAACCAUUUGGCCUAUUGUGUCUAAUAUACUGUCUUUAGAGCAGUGCCUUGAUAAUUACAGCUGAAGUCCUAGGACCAAGUUGAAGACCACUAAACUGCUCAGUCUUGCUGUCUGUGAUCCUGCCAAGAUGAGCAUAACCUUGAUAAUAUUUGUAACGUUAAAACACACAUGUCUUGGCAGGAUUGGGGUGCUGAGGCAUUUUAGUGGGCUUGUCCUUGACCCAAGACCAGGGAUUUUAAAAACUGGAAUUGAUUUGUCUUCAUUCUGCUGGGGAAUUAUAAUCUUCUUCCUAUCCAGAAAUGAUACUUGUCACUACAGUGUGUUCCCUCAUGUUACAUUUUCAGAAAUCUUUGGUAUGGAGGAUUGAAAUGAAUGUAUUUUGAAUUAUGUUGCAGUUUAAUUCAUUCUGUCAAAGCAUGCUGCUUACACAAAUCUCAUUUGUACAAAUCUAUUGCUAAAACAAUUCUUUUGUGCUCAGUUGUGUAUUUUUGAUAUUUCUUGUUACUCAUGUAAAAAUAUUUGUGUAUAUAGAGAAGAAAAUGGUUUUGUCUCUUACUGCUUUCUGUUACUAUUUUUUUUCACUUGUAUGCUUAAAGCUUUCAUAUUUUCUUUUAUUUGGGCACAUGCAUAAACAACUGCCAGAUUUCAGUGGUCUUUCUGCAGCCAUUUGAGAUUUUUUAAUUCUCAAAUCAUUCAACAAUGCCCUCCUUGAAAGAGAUUUUGAUUUAUUUUUAUGUGAAAAAUAAAAUUUCAGAGCACAAGUUUGUUGCAGCUGGAAUGGUGAGGAAUUUCUUAAGUCAAAUUUUCCAGGAGCCACUACUUUGCCAUUAUGAACUUGUUUGAUCUUUUUUUGAGGAAUAGUGAUAUUCUGAUGUGGAGAAACUUUGAAUGACUGUUUAAAAAAAAAAAAAAAGCUGUUAAGUAGAAUGGCAUUGUCUUUUCUGUACAUAUUAUACCUGUGAAAAAUACCUGAGAAACAAACAAAAAACAAACAAUCAAAAAAAAUAAACAUGAACAUUCUCCAAAAAUGUGAUGAAAGUCUAUAGAAUGGCUCUAUCUUUGUUCUUUGCAUUUAAUGCCCACCUCAAUAGUUUGCAACACUUUAUUUAUUUUAUCUGUAUAUUAAAUAACAAAGAGUGUUUGCCUGA